ACAUCGAUACAAAACUUUGAACUUGUAUGAUCUUAUCGGGCAAAUAGUUUUUUGUUAUCUGCAAACAUGGAGAGAGUAGCAUCAUUUCAUUUUCGCAUCCACGGCUUUUCGUCACUGCGGCAUGGCUGAAUGAUGUCCUCGUGAAGUCACGGGACGGUUCUCGAGUUGAACUUGUUACCGUGAGAGGAGUAGUCGGUCUUAGUUUUUUGUUGUUGUUGUUUUUUUACACUCCAGCCGCCAUUGGUGUGAUGUUUUAAAGCAUAUGAACCAAGUGAUUAUUCCAAUCGUUUGGAAAUGUGUGUUUUUUAGCAGCUCUGAGCUUUCAGCAAAGACCUCCAAUCGCUGUUUAGUUCUCAAGAAUCUAGCGUCUGUAUGAACCUAAGCAGCACGUGCCAAGAAGAUCACUGUAAAUACAAGUAAGCGUUUCGUAAGAAUUCAGUUGACUCAUGUAUUAGUACGACCCUUAAUGCCCCCCCCCCCAAAAAAAAAAGGGGGGGGGGCAAAUAAAGUCUUUUUAGCUCUAAGUCCUGUGUGUAAAUAAUUAUUCUUUUCAGUGAGUUUACGAGUUUUAGUGUUACAGAUCUCUACCGAGAAAAAAAUGCAGCAUAAUAAAAAAAAUGAAAUGGUUUUUUUUUAAAUUUUAAAUUGUAUCCGUCAAAGUUAAAGCCUUAUAACGAACUAUUUUUUUAUUAGCAGGCAGUCGGUAUCUUUUUUAGAACCAUUGAAUGUGCAUUUGAUAAAACUUUUUUGCACAUUAACUGUUUAAUGCACAUUACUUGUAUUUACAUUUCAAUGAAUAUUCCCUUUUUUUUUAAAUGAAAAUAAAGAAUCUUAAAAAUAAUUUCAAAAUCCACCAACUCCCAAAUAUUGAGUUUUGCUUUUGACUUUCAAUCAUUUUAUAGUAACACUUUAAGCUUCCUUUAAUUCCAUUACUGAACGCAUAUUAGUUAACAUAUUGAAAUGAGUUAUAUUAUAUCAGACAAUAAACAUCUUUUUUUAACGUUUCAUUUAUCAAUGCUGUGCAUAUUAAAUUAUUUUCUAUAAAAUCAUUAUUUUUUUAAAUCUAACAUACCAAGUGCAAUUCGAUAAUACAUAAGCUUUUCUCUCCUUCCCCCCCCCCCCUCCCAUUAAGCCCCGGCAAUGGAGGGGGCGACGAUCUACAUCCUAACAUUCCUCGCUCCGCUGGUCAUCAUCUACAUCGUCCUGGUAGCGUGGUCGCGAAGACGUUCAGACCAACGCUCACUGCCCGGGCCGUCUCUCGUCGAAGGCGUGAAGGUUUUCCUGAAAGGCUCCUACACAAGCAAGCUCCACCUGUACCUGCCGGACCUGGCCAGGAGGUACGGGGAGCUGGUGCGGGUCAACGUCGUUCUCCGAGACAUCGUCUUCGUCAACGACGCCCUGGUGUUCAGGCACCUCGUGAGGGACAAGACCUUCCGGGAGCUGACCAACGACCGGCCCUCCACCUUCAUGAGGACGUUCUGUUUCUACAACGGUCAGGAUAUGGUUCUGGCCGACCUGAGCCAGCAGCAGAGACAGCUCAGGAAGAUAUUCCAUCUGCUUCUCAAGUUUUACGGCGAGGGGAUCGGGAAAUUUGAGGAGCUAAUGACCAGAACCUUGGGGGAGCUUACACGAGAUCUAAAAAACAAAGAACACUCAGAGCUCUCCACGUCUCUCAAAACUUACAUUCGAAACAUUGUCGGGUAUCUUUUGACGGGCGGCGACACAGAAAUUGCACGAACGACUCUGGGGAAGAUAGACGUGUUCAACGACCUGGUGAAUAACUCGUUGUUAUUUGAAAACGAAUCUAUAUUACAGUUUUUCCCCUUCGUGCGCUUCGUACCGGGGACGCGAUUUAAGAGGAUGGCCAACGCGCUUCUCGCAGCGCGUGAUGAUUUGCAUGAAACGUGUUUCUACGCCAUGAAGAAGACCUACGCGGUCGGUGAGAGAAGAGGGAUUGUUGACGAUAUGAUUGCCAUGCAGGAGGAGGCCAGGGGCAAAGGGGGUGAAUUCGAGCUGAGCGACGAGAUGAUCAAAGCGGUCAUCCAGGACAUUAUCGUGGCGGCGUAUUUGACCACCGCCAGCACGCUGUCCAGUCUCUUCCUUCAGAUCAUCAGCAAACCGGAAAUUCAAACGAAAAUGUACCAGGAGAUCCACAGCGUCAUCGGCGACGGUCAACCUUCGUUCAAUCACCGGCAACAGAUGCCUUACACGGAGGCUGUCAUCCUGGAGACGCUCAGGUAUUCCAGCAUUGUGUCCUUCUUGGUGCCACACCUGGUCAGAGAGGACAUUCAUUACGACGACUGUGUCAUCUCCAAGGGGACCAUGCUGGUGAUGAACGGGUGGUACAGCCAUCACAGGGCGGACAAGUGGGGAGACCCGGACGUCUUCAGACCCGAACGGUUCCUCGACUCCAGCGGUCAGCUGCAUGACCCUGACCACCCCGUGAGGUUAAACAUGAUUCCUUUCGGCAGCGGCUACCGUUCGUGCCCAGGGGAGACGUUCGCCAAAUCACGGGCGUUUUUAGUCGUGACAACACUGCUGAAGAAUUUUGAGUUUUUGCCGCCUGAAAAUGGAACAGUUCUUCCGCCCAGUGACCCAUGCCUUUGGCCAUCUACCGCAGUGCGCUGUCCAGAUAAUUAUUUUGCUAAGGUCGUCCUCAGAGACACAAACUAAAAAUUUAAAAAAAAACAGCAAAAGGUCAAGGGUUGCUACCCUUUCCACAUCAUCUACGAGUAAUAAGGUCAAGGACAUUUUUGGCAUUGCUAUAUAAACAAUUAGUACAAGAUGAAUUUUUAAAAUAUUUUGUUUCAGCUUUCAUGUCCAUUUUUUUCUUUAUAAUCAAGACUAGGUUUUUGUUCUUUUAAAACGACAAACUGAACCAGAUUAUAUUUCUUCUCAUGCAAAUGUUGAUUGUUUUUUUUUUUUAAAUUUAAAUUAGACAACAUGUAACAAGAAAAAAAAAGUAUUUGUAUACAAAAUAUUAGGAUCAACUGUAUUAAAGUGGUGGGGAAAAAAGAGAGAACGUAUUUUACUUUCAUAAACUCGGCUCAACUUCAUUUAGAAAACAAGUUAUAUCAUUAUC